AUGCUCGACAUCAUCUCGAACCCUCUAUUGAGUCUCCCGUUAUUAGGUGUUGCGGCCAUUGGAGGGGUUUGGGCACUGAAGCCGUCUGCACCUCGCCACGCCCUGCCUCCUGGUCCCAGAGCACUUCCACUGAUCGGCAACCUUCAUCAAUGGCCUACCGCAAAGCCAUGGCUGACCUUCAACUCUUGGUUUAAGGAGUACAACUCUGAUAUCCUUUACAUGAAUGUCGCCGGGCAACACGUUGUCAUCUUGGGAUCAAGGAAGAAGUGCAUGGACCUGCUAGAUAAGCGUUCGGCCACAUACUCGGAUAGAGCCCGCCUGCCUCUAUGGAUUGACCUGAUGAAAUGGGAUUUCAACUUCGUUUUCUUGCCCUAUGGGACGAAAUGGAGAGAACACAGAAAAUCAUUCAAUGACUAUUUCCACCCGAGUGUCGUUUAUAAGUAUAAUGCCAAACAAACUCGAGGCGCUCGAAUGAUGGCUCGUCAGAUCCUGGAGUCGCCCGAGAAUGCUGUGGAUCACAUCCGUUUCGCCGUUACAUCCGUUAUCAUGGAUGUAGCCUACGGAAUACAUAUCGCCGAAAAUAACGACCCGUACAUCGAGAUCGCCGAGUCCGCCAUUUCCAGUUUAGGUCUCGCCACGAUUCCGGGGACAUUACCUGCCGACCUUUUCCCGAUCCUCAAGUAUAUUCCGUCGUGGCUUCCUGGCGCUGGCUACAAACGAUACGCUCAGUCAGUUGCGCAUAUCAACCACGUCUUUGCUACCAAACCCUGGAAUGCUACCAAAGACAAAUUGGCGAAGGGCGAAGCCAUUGAAUCAAUCGCCGAGAGCCUGAUAGAAAGUUUAAGCGAAGGGGACGACGAAGAGGUGGCUAGAAAUACUGCUGCUGCUUGCUACGUUGGUGGAACCGACACAGCCAUAUGUACUCUCCGAAUCUUUUUACUGGCUAUGGUUCUCCACCCUGAGGCACAAAGGAAGGCCCAGGAUGAACUUGACGCCGUGGUUGGCGACCGUCUGCCUACUUUUGAAGAUCGAGAACAGCUCCCUUACAUCCGUGCUCUCUUGAAGGAGGUUACCAGGUGGCAACCAGUGACACCCAUGGGUCACGCUCACCGUGUCACUGAGGACGACGUAUACGACGGCUACUUCAUUCCCAAAGGAACGCUGGUUGCGACCAACGUGUGGUCUAUGCUAAACGAUCCAGAGGCCUAUCCCGAACCCUCCAAAUUCAACCCCGAUAGAUUCCUGAAAGACGGAGAAAUCGACCCAGACGUCUUGGAUCCGGCCCAGGUCGCCUUUGGGUUCGGUCGCAGAAUAUGUCCAGGGCGGUUCUUCAGCGCCGAUAACACCUUCAUCAUCGUAUCCACCCUGCUUUCCGCCUUUAAUUUCCGCCCACCACUUGACGCUCAAGGCAAACCUAUCCUGCCUGAAAUUGACAUGUCCCCUGGUCUGGUGUCAUACUGCAAGCCGUUCAAAAUGGUGAUAACUCCUCGCUCAGGUCAAGUAGGAAAGCUUCUCUCAGAGGUUGAGGUCUAA